AUGUCAACGCUUACUAGCCUUCAAGCUCUUUUUCAGCCCCUGCAACUUGGUCCACUUACCUUGAAGAAUAGGGUACUCAUGUCUGCCAUGACGCGUAACCGCUCCGUCCCUACCAAUGUUCCAAACGAGAUCAAUGUCGAAUACUACAAGCAACGCGCUGCAGGCGGUGCUGGACUUAUUGUCGCCGAAGGCAUGCUUAUUUGCCAGCAAGGAUCGGGGUGGCAGAACGCCCCCGGCAUAUGGUCGAGAGAACAAGUCUUGGAAUGGAAGAAGAUAACCGAUGCUGUACACGCUGAAGGGAGCCUGAUAUAUGCGCAGCUUUGGCAUCUGGGUCGUGUUAGCCAUCCAGACGCCCCGGAGCAAAUUGCCUCUGAACAGCCCGUUUAUGCCCCUUCUGCUAUAUCUGCCCGAGGUGGAAAGUUCAGGUUCCUUCCCGGACAGCCCGGCUAUGUUACACCCACCGCUAUCGAUGACCCAAGAAAGCUUCUACCGAUGUGGAAGCAGGCAGCCAUCAAUGCGAAAGAAGCUGGCUUCGAUGGUGUAGAAAUACACGGAGCCAGUGGAUAUCUCAUCCAUCAGUUCCUCGAUAACACCUCCAAUCAUCGUAUAGACGAAUGGGGUAGCAGCAUUGAAAACCGCUCCCGAUUCGGUCUUGAAGUUGUCAAGAUCAUGAUUGAUGUCUGGGGCGCCGAUCGUGUGGCCAUUAAACUCACUCCUGCUGGUGGAUACAAUGAUCAAGGAAUGCCGUUGAAAGAGACCAUCGACACAUUCACUUACUUCAUCAAUGAACUUGACAAGCUGAAAAUCGCUUAUGUCGCUCUGGUACGGUGGAUGGAGUUCCUUGAUCCUGUCAUUGACGGCAGCCACCGCGCUACUAAACAUGACAUCGUCGCGACAUAUGCGCCUCUUUUGAAGAACGUGACAGUGUUUGCGAAUGCUGGCUUCACGGCUGAGGAGGCAGCUUGUUAUAUUUCGCAGAACCAAAUCGCAGGCGUGUUCUUCGGUGUUCCAUGGAUUGCACACCCAGAUUUUGCUAAGCGGCUACAGUACGGAAAGCCCUUGGAUGGAAAAUUGGAUAUGUCUACAUUGUAUGGGCAUGGGAAGGAUAUGGAAACAGAGAAGAAGGGUUACAUAGACUAUCCACCGGCAGAGUAUUAGGGUAUCUUCCUGGUAAUUAUUAUACUUCUUAACAGGACUCGAUAGGCCUACUUACUGUACUUUAUAUUUGUUAUCUGUACAACCGCAAGAAUGUAUGAUAUUCUCGGACUAAUUAAUAGAGAUCUUGAGAGAUAAUGCGACCGGCUAUCUCGGGUUUACAGCUGCUC